AUGUUUCAUUUAGAAGAUUUGGGAGUUAUUCAGGGAUCGUGGAAAUUAAAGGUUUUUGGCCAGGAGGGAUCUCGAGAGGAGUUCGAAAAUCACAAGAUUGAUGGGAUCGGGGAAUACAAGGCAACUAGAUCGAUUCUUAUUUAUGGUGUACUUUCACAGAAGAUCAAGGAUCUGAUUUUGGGACGCCCAGUCGGAGUAAUAAAGGCGGUGGCUACAGCGAAUCAGUCGUAUUCAAUGGAUUUCAAGGGUGUCAAUGUACGAUUUUGGAAUGUUAGAGGUACGGGAAUCACGGUUUUAUCUCGAUCGGGAUUGGGAGGAUCAGGGAUUAGAGGAAGUUUGCGUUGGUGUAUCUCAAGGUCCGACGGUCAAGCGGAGGCUGGUGAGAAAUUUGGAGAUCGGUUUGCUAGCUAUAAAGGUGUUGUUCUUAAUGGAAUUGACGGAGACAAAGAUCAAGGUAUUGUUAGGGCUGAUUAUCAAGGAAAAGGAAAGGGAAAGAUGUAUGGGGAUGAGGAGUCUAACUGGGUCAAAGUUGAGGAAAAGAAAGGCGGGAGGGAUAAUAGAAACAAAGAUUAUUUUCGAGGGGAGGAAAGAGGGUCCAGUCACAGGUCUGCUCAACGAGACAGAGCCAGGAAUGGGGCUCAUAAGGAUCGUUUCUCAACUGAGUCAAGGGGGGUGAGAAGAGAGAGGGAAAGGAGCCCACGUGAUUACCGUGACAGGAACACAUCAAGACGCUAUGAGCCAGUCAGGAAUGAUCGGUCAAGGGGGAUAGAUCAAACAGAAGAUCAGGAAAACCGAGAGGCGGGUGCUCUUGUACAGGUCACCACAAAUAACAUUGAGAGGCCGAGCCAGGAGAAAGCUGUGGACCGAUUACCUGCGGAAGACAACCUUGACCUGGCAAAUGAAGUUCUUGAGGCCAUGUACAUCACGGAGAGAGACGAGGGGAUGGAGUUGGAUGGAGUGGCACCACAAGAGGACUUAGCAGACGCGGCUACCGAGGAUGACGGUUUCCAGGAUCUUACUGACACAGAAGGGGAGGUAACAAAGGCUGUCACUCGUGAUUCUGGUGUGAGUGAAGAUGUAGGUGCGAAAGAUGAGGUGAAGGAGGAGGGAGAGAUUGUGCAGAACACUGUCGAGGGUGAAGAAGGGAAGAAACAAGGCCUUAAGAAGAAACCUUUCAAAGCAGGAACUGCUGCUGCAGGUGGUACCUCAAAGAUGAGGAUGGUGCAGGCUAUCAUAGCUCAAAGCAAGCGCAUCUCUACAAAGAAUGGUGCACGUCAGGAAGAGGGCAGCAAGAAGGCGUCUGAAAAGGGUUCCUUAAACCCUAAAGCAAGUACAUCCAAGAAAUAG